AUGGCGGGCUAUGAGCCGGGAAUCAAGGCGGCAACAGCAUCAGCUGUUUUUAAGGUGCGCUGCAAAAGCACCAGACCCGGUGAAGCCGUGUUCGUGGUCGGCAGCCAUGAGGCACUUGGUGCCUGGUCUACAGCCAUGGCUUUGGCUUUGACCACCACGGCUGAUACAUUUCCCACCUGGCAAUCCGCUCCGAUUCCGUUGUUGGCAGGGAUGAUGGUGGAAUACAAAUUUAUUAUUCAACGGGAAGAUCGUCAAGGAACUCCUCAAUGGCAGAAGUUCGAUGGCAACUACCGGGUCACACCUGUGGCUGGGCAGGUGCUGCAAGCUGUGUCAGACUGGGAAGUGGCCUCGGCGGAAAUUUCCACCCUCGAAGUUCCAGAAGAGCCUCCAGUGGAGCAAGUGCCGAAGCCAACAAAGCCAACUGAAGCCGACAAAGCCAUUGCCCAACAGGAGAAUGAAGAAAGAUUGCUGAAAAUGGCCGAGUCGGGGGUGGAGAAAGCUGCUGCCGAGGUCAUUGAGACCUGUCCCUUGGCAGUUACUUUGACAAAGCGAGAAAUGAGCCGCCGAAAUUUUUCGCAGAGCUUGCUCACAUUGGAUGUGGAUGCUCCUGAACCUGAGAAAGCUGAGAAAGCUGAGAACGAAAAGGCUGAAAAGGCAGAAGAAACCAAAAAAGAAGAGAAGUUGGACAAAAAAGAAGGCGAAAAAACCGAAGGCACUCCACAAAGCACCACAGCAACAGAAGAAGUGAAGGAGGUCAACGAGUCCACUGCUGAAGAUGCUGACGCCCAGGCAGAGCAGGCAGAGCAGGCAGAAGCGCAGGAUGCUCCGGCCGAGGCCCCGGCUGAUGUGGUGGUGACGCAGGCGCCCAUGGAUGACGAAGACGAGGCCGUGGAGUACGAAGUGCCAUUGAAGGGUCUCGGAGCCCCAGCAGUUCGAGGAGUGCCCCUGAAGCACAUUACGAGCUUCUCAGCACUGGCUGAUGUGGCGGAUGCCCAGACCAAAGUAGAACAUCGAAGGAGGGAGAAGGAAAAGGCGCAAUCGCGGUACCAACCCUACAAUCUCGACGUGCCCGUGGUCAUCGUCACCAGUGAAGUGGCCCCCUACUCCAAGACAGGAGGGCUUGGGAUGGUCGCAGCAUCGUAUGGCUUUGAGUUCGCGAGGAACGGCCAUCGGACCAUGGUGGUAGCUCCAAAGUACAAACAUUACGAUGGGAUCAGCUACUGUGGUGAGACGCGCGUUCGGAUCAAAGACCAAGAGGAAAAUGUCAAGUACUGGCAUCUUCGAAAGGAUUGUGGAGAGGGGAAGGGAACCGACUUCCUGUUCAUCGAGGGUCGUGGUAUUCAAAGAGAUGGUGGCUUGUACAAUGAUGACGAUGGUCGUGAAUAUCCGGACAACUUGGAGCGGUUCACCAUGCUGUGCUUAGCGGCGAUGGAGGCGCCCCUGAUCCUGGACAUCAAUGGUGAGGGGAAGUACGGCGACAAGGUGAUCUUUUUGGCAAACGACUGGCAAGCGGGUCUGGUCCCAGUCUACAUGUGCUACAAGUACCGCAGACACAACUGCUACACCCAGGCUCGCGCCAUCUACGUGAUCCACAAUCUGGGAUACCAGGGCCAGUAUCACGGCCAUGACGCUUGCCGAUUCUUCGGCAUUGAUAGCAAGGCGGCACACGACCUGGUACUGGGGAACUGCAUCAACCUCUCCAAGGGAGCUUUGAUUUGUGCAGACCGAGUGCUGACGGUGUCACCAAACUAUUCCAAGGAGAUCCAGACAGCCUCAGGUGGUUUCAAUCUUCAGGACUUUGUUUCCGCCAAAGCUGCCUCCCUGCGGCUGGCGGGAAUCCUCAACGGAAUCGAUGACUGUUGGGAUCCUGCUGUGGAUCCAGAUGUUUUUGUGAACUUCUCGGUCGAAGACUUCGAGAAGGGCAAAAUGGAGAACAAGGCCGCCCUGCAGAAGAUGCUUGGUCUGGACGUAAACCCCGACUUGUGCCUCAUUGGUUUUGUUGGUCGAUUGACUUGGCAGAAGGGCAUUGAUGUCCUGGCUUCUGUCAUCUCAUGGCUUAUGCAGGACACUGGAAAUGGCGUCACUGGUCAAGUGCAGCUCAUCAUGAUGGGAAAUGGAGAAAGGCAGUACUCUGACACCUUGCGAUGGGCAGAGAGCAACUACAAAGGUCGUGUUUGUGGAUACGUAGGCUUUGAUCCAAAAGUUGAGCACCAAAUGAUGGCUGCCUGUGACUUGCUGCUCAUGCCAUCUCGCUACGAGCCAUGUGGCCUUCCACAGAUGUACUCACAGAUGUACGGAACGUUGCCCGUGGUUCAUGCUACCGGUGGAUUGGUGGACUCCGUGAAGGACGUCUCCAUUGGUGUGGAGACCGCCACAGGCUUUCUGGUUAGUCCGCUGAGCUCUGACAAGCUGAAGGAGACCCUGUUCCGAGCGGUGGAGUUAAACAUCAAGCGCAAACAAGACUUCCUUCGGAUGCAACGCACUGCGAUGCAACAUGACUACUACUGGCCAAAGGCCAUGGACGAGUACGAACGUCAAAUUGACAUUGUUUUGUACGAACCUGCAACGGUCCGAUAGGAGUCCGCUUAAGCGCUUAACUCCAUCCUUUUGCAUCGACACUGAGCUUUCAGUGCAAUCAACGAUCUGCCACUGAUGCGGUGUUUGAUUUGUACAAAGUGCCAGCACCGCAACCUGCGGAUGCCAUCAGGCUCUACAGCUCCAUUGUACAGUACAGAGCUCUUGCGCUAGUGACGCUAGUGAACAACUAGAAUGUAACUAGAAUGGCAGUCUGAAGUAGACCAGUCUGUCUUGCAUGUGCCAUGUUGCACCAGCAACAAAUAUGGACUAUUGUUUCUUCAGUCGUUUUCCAACUGCUUUCGGUGGACGGUGACAAAGGUCUGACAGCAACUUGCAACUUGC